GUCAUGGAUCUGUGUGUGACCAUCAAAGGAGUGUCCUUCCUCUUGCAAACCGGUAUGGGGAUCCUGGGGAACGCGGUGGUUCUUCUCGCCUACGCCAACAUCCUCUACUUAGACCGCCGUCUCCAGCCGGUGGACAUCAUCCUCUGCCACCUGGCCUUCGUCAACCUCAUGCUGCUCCUCACCCGCUGCGUGCCCCAGACCAUGACUGUCUUUGGCCUGAAGGAUUUGCUCGACGACCCUGGCUGCAAGGUGGUCAUCUAUGCCUAUCGCAUCGCCCGUGCCCUCUCCGUCUGCAUCACCUGCAUGCUGAGCGUGUUCCAGGCGGUGACCCUCUCCCCUGACGCGGGCCCCCGCUGGUCCAGGCUGAAGGCCCGGCUGCCCUCCCUUCUCCUGCCCACCUUCGUAGGUCUCUGGUGCCUCAACAUGGUCGUAUGCACCGCGGCACCGAUGUUCACCAUCGCGCCACGCAACGGCACCGUCCCGGCCUUCACCCUCAACCUCGGCUUCUGCCACGUGGACUUCCGAGACAGCCUGUCGUACGUGAUUAACGGGGCCAUCCUCACGGUGCGCGACUUUGCCUUCGUGGGGCUGAUGUUGUGGUCCAGCAGCUACAUCCUCCUGGUGCUCCACCGGCACAGCCGCAAGGUGCGGAACAUCCGAAGGGCCCAGGGGGGAGGGAUGGAGUCCAGGGCGGCAAAGACGGUUAUCACCCUAGUGGUCCUGUACGUUGUGUUCUUCGGCUUAGACAAUCUGAUCUGGAUCUACAUGCUGACCGUGGCCAAGGUGUCUCCGGUUGUGGCGGACAUGAGGGUGUUCUUCUCCUCCAGCUAUGCCUUCCUCAGUCCUUACUUUAUUAUCUCCUCCAACAAAAAGGUGAAAAGUAGGAUCACAUGCGCUGCAUCUGACCAAGUGCAACAGUCAGUGGACACUCAAGAAUCUAAUGACAAGGUUUAA